AUGUUUAGGCUCCAGCAGUGGAGCAAGCAGCAUUUCUCACGUAGAAUAGUAUCCUCGGCAGCUACUCUCAAAAGGAAACCAGGCUCAUUAAAUAUCCAACGAAACUAUGCAAGUAUUAAAAAUAGUGAACAACAACCAAGAGUUAGAUAUAUAUUGUAUAUGAUUGCUUUAUCCUGGGCCGGAGUAUGGUUUGUUUCAGGCAGAGUCGACAAAAAGAAACCAAUGCAAUCAAUGACAGAAAGCGAUUUCAGAAAAUUUGAAGAGAGUACGGGUAUAAAAAGAAGGCAUAAGCUUAUAGGAUCAGAUAUUAAGGACAAGUAUAAAUUUUAUGUCAUUCCUUACAUUUACACUGAAAACCUAUUGCAAAAAGUUGAAGAAUCCUUGAGAAAGGCUGAUCCAAGUAGAAAAAACAUUGUUAUUGAUCCUGUAAAGCUAAUCUCUCAGGAGAAACAAGAUGAAGGUUUGAGGUACUCUGCAUUAUUAAAUGAACUCGAUGCAUUGCGCAAACCUUACCCUCCAGGGCUAAUAACGGCAAUCAUCAAAGAACACAUUAGAUUCUUUAUAAACACCAGAGAAGGCACUUUUGAGACAAACUUUAUAAUCAUCAAUUACCCACAAACAACAAGCGAAGCUAUAAAGUUUGAAAAUGAUGUGGGUGAUAUUGACAAGUGCCUAAUUAUGCAUUUCGAUACGAUAAAUGAGUUACCUCAGCACAAAAAUGACGAGCAAGUGCGAAACAUUCAAAAUGUAGAUGGGUACUUUGAUUCUGUUGGAAAGUGCCAAAGGAUGGUCUCUAAAUUUGAUAUCAUGGACGAAAAAUUUGAGGAAAUAAUGUUGGAAGAUUUAUGA